CUGCAUUGCAAGAUCCCGUGGAACAUGAACCCUAAACCAUGGCCAAAAAAACACCAUUACCGGAAACCACGCAAUGAUCAAUCAAUACAAGAUUUCGCAGUCGUUGCUGCGAUUCGAAGCUUGAGAUCGAAGCUUUCUCGUUGUCCAUCAGCGUUCUCAAAACGACGGCGGGAUUGUCAGAGGAUUUGGGAAGAGUCGCUCCCUGAGCUCGGAAUCGUUGCUGCAACGGGAGGUUUCGGGCGGAGAUUGGCGCCUGGGCAUUUGGGACCGAGGGUCGACGAUAUGGUGCAGUUUGCGAGUGAAGAGGCGCGGGAAUGGAGAGAAGCGCUGGAUGCGUACGAGGACAGGCUGCGAGCCAUAGCGGAUCCGAAGCUCGUGGAGCUGGAUACGUUUUAUCGUGUGGAGCUGCCCGCGGUGGUGGCCGAGCGGCGGCCGGAGGCGCACAUCUCGCAGCCCGAGCUCGCGAAGAUCAUGGACUGGAAGCUGAGUCGCGGGAAAUGGAGGGCUCGACUGCAGAGCUUCGUGGCGGGCCUUAGCGAUGACGAGGUGCGGGCGGCAUCGCGGAAAGCAUUUGCGGCACUUCCGAACCUGAAAGAAGCCAUCGCCCAGCUCUCUGUGCUCAAGGGUGUAGGACCUGCAACUGCAUCGGCCGUGCUGGCCGCAUAUGCGCCUGCUGAAGCCCCAUUCAUGUCCGAUGAGGCUAUGGUUGCUGCGGCAGGGAGUACCAAAGACUAUACGCUGAAGUCGUACCUUGCCUUCGCAGACAAGCUCCGGGAAAAAGCGCAUGAGCUCAGCAAAUCAGGUGAGACUAUGGAGAACUUUACGCCCUCGGAUGUCGAGAGAGCUCUGUGGUCGACUGCAGCUGCGAGCAUGCCAAGAAAGACCUCCAAGUCCGCCACGGCAGGUGCUUCAGCCACAACCAAGAGCGUGAAGAGGAAAAGAGGGACCUAAUGGAUGGCAUCGAUGUUCUGUCUCAGUUCUUUCCACGCGCAGCGUCCCAGGGAUCUACCACUGGUUCCCUCAGGUCCUGUGGUCUGCGAGUUGCGUGAUGUGAACAUAGACUCGUCGAAAUCGGUACCUGCAUGAGAACAGGAUCAUGCCGUGGAUCGAGAGCUUCGGGAGGGGACGUGAUGGCUACACCAACCUCAAGGCUUGUGGAGUCUAUGUGAGUCGAAGAGGGGCUUUUGCGGAGCAUCUCUCAUUCUGUGCAAGUUAAAUCGAUCUGCGCCAGACGUUCCGCUGAAGCCUGCUCGAUAGGCCAAACUCAACACCCAGUACGAUGAGCACGAGUGAAAGUAAAUAGCAAAUGCGGAUUGUUAUGAACUACCUAGCCAUGCGUGUACUCUCAUCACUGGUUGGUAACAUGUAGCUAACAUAUGAGGCCUUAGUUGCGCCAGGCUUGUGAUAAACCAUUUGCUGCGUCCCGAGUGGUCGUCGCCCAGUAAUCGAAACAGUUUUGCCUCACAA